AUGGCGCCACGAUCUCAUGUCCCUCCGACCAACGUCCCAGUCCACCGUAUAGACCUCUCAUUACCCCCACGCGAGCGCUAUAAGGAGCUCGCUCGGCAGUACAUCCCUCAGAUCGCAUCAAUCACCCCACUAUUCAACCAGCUACUGGCGGACUUGGGCAUUCCGGAGAAGCGUCACGGCACCGUCAACACCCUUGCUCGUCUCAUGCUUAGAGGUGUGUAUUCACCUGUUGAAACAGCAGAGCUGCGAGGCAUUUGUGAGGUAACUGGCGUGGACAUGUAUCUGCUCGUGGCGUUAAAUGUUGUACUGGACCUUCUUAUGGGUUGCACGAGCAGUACUGUCAGGUCCGAUAUCGGCAAAAUCUGGCAUCUGCGGACCCUUGAUUGGGGCAUGGAUCCUUUACGAGAUGUAAUCGUGCAACUCGACUUUAUCCGAUCGGAUUCUAGAAGACGGGAGAGGCCUCAACCUGAUGGAAGCGACCGUAGCGAUGAAGUGAUCGCGAGCAGUAUAACGUAUGUGGGCUUCGUGGGCGUUCUCACCGGAGCCAGACCUGGCCUGAGCAUGAGUCUAAACUUCCGAGCUUUACACAAUGCGCAUACGCGCUGGGGCCACAUCAGAUUCUACGCACAUCAUCUAGCGGUACUGCUUGGCUACAGACAGAGUAUUUCCAGUGUUCUCCGGCAAUAUCUUCUCGACGAUGACCGAAAGCCGGUAACCCUCGAACCGAAGAAGUUGGCCGAGAUCGAGCUGGAUUUCCAGCUGAUUCACACUACUGCGGCCUACCUGGUGUUCUGCGAUGGCUCACAUUCAGUCGCAGUAGAGAAGGACUUCGCCACAGCAAACAUCAGGUGGGACAAGGAUGGGUUUCUUGUUGCCACAAAUCAUGACCUUGAAGAUACGAACACUGGGAAGGAUCCUACGCCCGCGGGUGCCCACUCGGGGCAGCUGGCCCGCAUGAAGGCCAUGGAAGAACUUGUCGAAGACAGCAAAGAAAGGUCGGAAUGUGUCUCUGCGAAAUGGAGAACUGUUGCGAGACGGGCGAGCGGACGUUCGACCAGGAGUUCGAGGGGCUUGUUUGGCAUCUCACAGGACGAUGCGAUCAAGUGGGUGUGCGAUUGGCCAACCACGAACGAAACAACGCAUUUCGCGACCGUGAUGGACGCCAAGGAUGGCGUUAUACGUUGGGCCCAUGCGUAUCCUGAACCGGCGCUUGAACCCUCAGCAUGUCGCGCUUGA